AUACUGACACGUCAGGAGUCAGCCCUCUGGCCAAUCAGGAGCUUCGUACCGACAUGCGACAUCCCAGGAUCCCUCGCGCCUGUGACGUCAGCCUAACACGGAAGUGAGGUGGAAGGAAAGACAUUGCAAGCAUGCUGAAGGCUGUCAUCUUGAUUGGAGGGCCCCAAAAGGGUACCCGCUUUCGCCCUUUAUCAUUCGAAGUUCCCAAACCUCUCUUUCCAGUGGCUGGAGUUCCGAUGUUACAGCACCACAUUGAAGCCUGUAGUAAGGUACCCAAUCUGAAAGAGAUUUUGCUGAUAGGCUUUUAUCAACCAAAUGAGGCUCUAAGUCGGUUCCUUGUCACAGCACAACAGGAGUUUAAAGUAGCCAUUAGAUACCUGCAAGAGUUUUCGGCUUUAGGUACUGGGGGUGGGAUUUAUCAUUUCCGUGAUCAGAUUCUCUCAGGGGGUCCACAUGCCUUCUUUGUGAUGAAUGCAGACGUGUGUUCAGAGUUUCCCCUGCUCCAGAUGUUGGACUUCCAGAAAGCUCAUGAAGAAACACAUCGUUACAUCAUGCUUGGUACCACGGCAAACCGGAAGCAGUCAUUAAAUUACGGGUGCAUUGUUGCGAAGGUCGAUAGUCAAGAGGUUUUGCACUAUGUAGAAAAACCCAGCACAUUCAUCAGUGACAUCAUUAACUGCGGUAUCUACCUAUUUUCUCCAUCAAUUUUCCAACACAUUGCGGAAGUUUUCCAGCGCAACCAACAGGAACUGCAGCUUUGUUCGUGCAUCAGCGAAGAGAACUCAAGUUGGCAGAGGACAGAGGUCAUUCGACUGGAGCAAGAUGUGUUCACUGCUCUUGCCGGACGUGGCCAGCUGUACGUCUAUAAAACAGAUGGUUUCUGGAGCCAGAUUAAAUCAGCUGGGUCUGCAAUUUAUGCCAGCCGCCUUUACCUGAACCAGUAUCACACCACACAUCCAGAAAGACUGUCGCUCACAGAGAAUAGCGGGCCAACCAUCUUAGGAAAUGUAUACAUUCAUCCUACAGCUAAGGUGGAUCCUUCUGCCGUGCUUGGCCCCAACGUUUCAGUAGGAAUGGGAGUGGUGGUCGGAGCUGGUGUCCGAAUCAGAGAGUCGAUUAUUCUGCAUGGAGCUGUGCUGCAGGAUCACAGCUGUGUGUUGAACACUAUUGUCGGAUGGGAUAGCAGCAUUGGCCGUUGGGCGAGAGUUGAAGGGACACCCAGUGACCCCAAUCCUAAUGACCCUUAUGCCAAGAUGGACAGUGAGACCCUUUUUCGGGAAGGGAAGCUUACCCCUUCGAUUACCAUUCUAGGAUGUAAUGUGUCCAUUCCAGCAGAGGUUGUUAUCUUAAACUCCAUUGUCCUCCCACACAAGGAACUGAGCCGUAGCUUCAAAAAUCAAAUUAUUUUAUAGUGUGGGUGCAGUUACAGGGGCAAGGAGCACCCACAUCUACCAGCCCGGAACAUCAUCUGUCUCCAGCAUACAGCCUCCGGUUAUCACGUGGGUAAAGUUACUAAUGAAGGACUGUUUGAAACCAGUGACACUUUCUAAGCAUUCGGAAUUAAGUCAAGCCAUUAAAGGGUGGUCUAUCAAGAACUUUGACACUAAAAAGCAACUAGCUGUGUGUAAGUGUAUAUAUUAUUCCUUUGGGCAAUAUCUUUAUUGUAAUAAAGUCUUAUUAAUAGGUGUCCUCUUCAUACUAGAUUAUGUUCUCAACUUGUGCUAAAAGUAGAAAUAAAAGUAUUUUCUGAGA